CGCCCGCCCCGCGCCCUCGGGAGCGGUGAGUGGCCGCGCCUCGCGCGUCCGCACCCACGACCCGCCCCUGCGCGGGCCACCGGCGGGCCCCGCCUUUUCAAUGUGUCUCCGGGGACGGCAGCGGGGAAGCCGGCCCGGAGCUGCCCGUGACCUCCGGAGAGAGGACCCGCACGGCCGCCGGCCUGCCGUGGGGGCUGCACACCUGAUUUCUCGGGGUGUCUGUCAGCCGAACCCCACGCUGAUCUCUCUGAACAGGUGGAUCGCACCUCACCCCCGGUGCCCUCUGCUCCCUGGAUCCGUGCAAGUCCCAGCGUCUGCUCGCUCCCUCCUCCCGUGCCGUCCCGCCGGCGUGCUAGGGAAAGGGCCUCACACCCCCAGAGGCUCUGCCAGUCUUUUUGCUGUGCUUCGUUCAUCCUCACCUGAGGACAUCUGCCCAUUGACUUUAAGAGAUGGUUGUAGGGAGAGGGAGAGAUGGAAACAUCACACGUGAUUGGUUGCCUCCUGCCCAGACCAGGGCCAGGGAUCCAGCCUGCAACUGAGGGAGAUGCCCUUGACUGGAAUCGACCCCGGGACCCUUCAGUCCCCCAGGCGGUGCUCUCUCCACUGAGCAACGGGCCAGGGCAACACCCAGACAGUUCUAGGAAUUACCAAUAGAGCAACUAUGCUAAUAUUGAGUAAGACAGCAAGAGUUCUUCCGAAACCAUCGAGAAGGAGACUGUAUGAGUACGUAAGAGGCUUCCACUUCCAUCCUGGGAAAGCCUGUCCUCACAGAGCGGUGCUGGGAAUUGAGACCAGUUGUGACGACACUGCAGCUGCUGUGGUGGAUGAAACUGGAAAUAUUUUGGGGGAAGCAAUACAUUCCCAAACGGAAGUCCACUUAAAGACAGGCGGGAUCAUUCCCCCCGUGGCCCAGCAGCUUCACAGAGAAAACAUCCAGCGAAUAGUGCAAGAGGCGCUCUCCGCCAGCCGGGUCCCUCCGGGCGAGCUGGCAGCUGUGGCGACCACCACCAUGCCUGGCCUCGCCCUGAGCCUGGGUGUGGGCCUGUCCUUCAGCCUGCAGCUGGUGGGCCAGUGGAAAAAGCCCUUUAUCCCCAUCCACCACAUGGAGGCGCAUGCGCUGACCAUUAGGCUGACGGAUAGAGUGGAGUUUCCCUUUUUAGUGCUCUUGAUUUCUGGAGGCCACUGUCUGCUGGCCUUGGUCAGAAGCGUCUCAGACUUCCUGCUUCUUGGGAAGUCUUUGGACAUAGCGCCGGGCGACAUGCUUGACAAGGUGGCGAGGAGGCUGGCCCUGGCGAAGCACCCGGAGUGUGCCGCCAUGAGUGGCGGGAGGGCCAUCGAGCACUUGGCCAAACGGGGAAACAGACUGCACUUUGAUCUCACGCCGCCCAUGCACCGCGCUAAGAACUGUGACUUCUCCUUCUCUGGACUGCAGCAUGUGAUCGAUAGGAUAGUGACAAGGAAGGAAAGAGAGGAAGGCCUGGAGCCGGGCCAGGUCCUGUCCUCCGCCCCCGACAUCGCGGCUGCCGCCCAGCACGCCAUUGCCUGCCACCUCGCCAAGCGCACGCACCGCGCCCUCCUGUUCUGCCAGCAGAGAGGCCUGCUGCCCCCGAGCAAUGCUGCCCUGGUGGUGUCUGGAGGAGUUGCCAGCAACUUCUACAUCCGGAAAGCUCUGGAAAUCGUAGCAGACGCCACCCAGUGCGCACUGCUGUGCCCUCCCCCCAGACUGUGCACCGACAACGGCGUGAUGAUCGCGUGGAACGGGAUCGAGAGACUGCGUGCCGGCGUGGGCAUUCUGUACGACGCGGAAGGCGUCCGCUAUGAACCCAGAUGUCCUCUGGGGGUGGAUAUAUCCAAAGAAGUGGGAGAAGCCGCCAUAAAAGUUCCACGAUUAAAAAUGAAGAUUUGAACCCGGCUGGCAUGGCUCAGUGGUUGGCAGUCGACCUAUGAACCAGGAGGUCACAGUUCAAUUGCUGAUCAGGGCACAUGCCCUGGUUGUGGGCUCAUCCCCAGGAGGGGGUGUGCAGGAGGCCACCAAUCAUUGGUGUUUCUAUCU